GCCUUCCUUCUCUCGCGCAUAGACAAAGAUCUUCAACCAAGCAUCAUGUCACACCGCCGCCGCAGAAAUGCUGUCUCGCAGCACAAUCCUUUCCUGGGUCGCCGCGCUCAGACGGGGCAACUCCUGCCUCAUCAAAUGCCUUUUGGGGAGGAGCCCUCGUCGGAGGACGGCGCUCAGGAGAGCGAGGACGACGACGAGCGGCAAGAAGAACAAGAAGAAGAAGAAGACGACGACGAAGCCAUGAGCAACAUGGCCGAUGAUGGUGGCAGCGAUGAGCUGGUCUCUCCUUCCCCUGAGGCCCAAGAAGACCGCAGCAGCAGCAACAACAAUAACGUCCCUGCUGCCCCUCAAGCACCAGCUCAGCAAGUCCGCUACGUCUCUCCCGACCGUAUCCGCUUCCCCCUCUCUCUCGCCAGGGCUGGGCUGGUGACUUACCCCUCCGCUCCCGUGGUCAUUGUGCAAACCUCCGAAGGUCCCUGCACUCUGACCGAUGGCCAGUACUACUGGAACGCCAUGGGCAGGCCUCAGUGCCUGAGGAGGGGGUGCCUAAAUAACAGGGGCACGGGGUAUGCAGCGGAGCAGAGCCGUGAUGAUCACAUCGGGACUCAUCAGGUCUUCCAGACGCCGGCCUACUGGCAGGAAGCCAGCGGCACGAGAAACGGCGAGCCCUAUCGCAUUCUCUGAGCUUCGAGCUCAAAACACCUCCAUAGGGAGAGGCAGUCAAAAUGCACAGUCAUUUUCAAGUUUUUGUCAGUCGUAGCGGGAGUGGAGGGGGACGAAAAGGCAGCACAAAUUCAAAACCAAAUGUUGCCGCUCGAA